AAGAGGCCAAAUUCGCCUAGUGAAUAAAAAAGGACGGUCGCAGGAGUUGCCGAAACAGAUCGACUACUCAGUUCGCUCGAAGAAGCGUGAACAAAUUUUACCUGCUUUGUAUUUGCGCGUUGGCUGUGCAGCGGUUGUAUCAAAAGAAGUGUUAUGAACCCUACGGCCUGCAGGGAUCAGUUGAACCGACUCGUCCUGAUGAACGUGUCGCAGCAUUCGGUCAUGCAGACCGUGGACAAGGAGAAGAUAUUCCAAUGGAUAAUCGAGCUCUCCAAUCCCGAGACGCGUGAAAAUGCGCUACUGGAAUUGAGCAAAAAGCGGGAGGUUGUUCCCGACCUGGCUCCGAUGCUGUGGAACUCGUUUGGAACCAUUGCAGCUCUUCUGCAGGAGAUCAUCAACAUCUACCCUGCUAUAAACCCUCCAACACUGACUGCACACCAGUCCAAUAGGGUUUGCAAUGCACUGGCCCUAUUGCAGUGUGUGGCAUCACACCCAGACACCCGCACUUACUUCCUCGCAGCAAACAUCCCAUUGUUCCUGUAUCCUUUUCUCCACACUGUCAGCAAGACGAGGCCAUUCGAAUAUUUACGGCUGACCAGCCUAGGUGUGAUUGGUGCCUUAGUCAAGACUGAUGAGCAAGAGGUGAUCAACUUCCUCCUGUCGACAGAGAUUAUUCCGCUCUGCCUGCGAAUCAUGGAGUCAGGCAGUGAGCUGUCCAAGACGGUUGCCACUUUCAUUCUGCAGAAGAUCUUGGUUGAUGAGACUGGUCUCUCGUACAUCUGCCAGACGUACGAACGUUUCUCUCAUGUGGCCAUGAUCCUGGGCAAGAUGGUUCUGUCUUUGGCCAAGGAACAAACUGCGCGUCUGCUGAAGCACGUGGUCCGAUGCUAUCUGAGGCUGUCCGAUAAUCCCAGGGCUCGCGAAGCUCUGCGGCAGUGCCUGCCGGACCAGCUGAAGGACAACACAUUUGCAAGCUGCCUGCAGGAUGACAAGUCAACUUCGCACUGGCUGGCACAGCUGCUGAAGAACCUGGAUACUGCACCGGUGACUGACCCCAGGCUCACCUACCAGGGAAGCCUUCCUCCCCAGUAGCCCUCCCUCCUCACCACCACCACCCAGCAGAGCAGGGCAGGGUCACCACAAAGCCUUGCUCUUAGUGGCAACUGAGUUUGGCAUCGUCUGCUCACAUGCAGUUUGCCUUAGCAUGAUGUCACUGUUAUGGACUUUAUACGCAACCUUGCAAAGCAGGUUAAUGAGGGCAGGCUGGCUGUGUGUGCCAUCUCCUUCCUUCUGGGCUAAUGGGACAUCCCGUGCCAUUGUGAACAUCUGCAGUCUGAGUGCAGGUUUAGGCAUGGCUGUCCAUUGGUUCUUUUUCACAGUCCAAAAGGCCUUUGAAGAGAGUGGGUAGUACUCAUUGCAUCAUUGUGACACUCAACCAGCCUUGCAUCUGCCAAAAUGUUGUGAUGUUCCUGAAAGCAUGCAGUCCGCGAGAGCUACACAAUUUUUCGAAAACUGUCGCAUAAGUUUCUUUGUAAACUUGGGCAGCUAUGUGUAACAUUGCUGGACAAACGCAUGUAAAUUGUCAGCUAGGCUGCAAUUGUA